AUGGCUUUAGUGGCUAUAGGGGCGUGCUACCUUGACACAAUUCUAACAGCCCCCUAUUACCCAAAUGAAGAUGAGAAACUACGUGCAACCAGGAUCAGUCGCCGGCGCGGUGGGAAUUGUCCAAACACUCUGGAAGUUUUGAGUCAAUUGUUACAAUAUAGGCCGUCGAGUGCCGAAUCAUCUUUAAAUCUCAUUGCUGUCCUUCCCUCCAAAUCAUCCAUGGCAUCUCAACAAAUACAAUCAAGCCUAGGAAAUGAGGUUUGGCUAGAUAAAUGCAUUUACCGAGAGUCGUUCAGUGAGCCAGCUUCUAGUUACAUCAUUACGAGCCAGGCCACCGGUAGUAGGACGAUUGUCAAUUACAACGAGCUACCCGAAAUGACCCACCCCGAGUUCGCAGCAGCUGUUGAGCCCUUACAUGCCGUAACUGAUCGACCCUGGUUUCAUUUUGAGGGCCGUGCACCAGAUGUCACAUUGGAAUGUAUUCAUUAUAUUCGGAUGCAUUUUCCAGAGGCUAAAAUCAGUGUUGAGAUUGAAAAGCCAGGUCGUCCAGGCUUGCAGGGGCUUGCAGACGCAGCAGACGUUGUUAUCUACUCGAAGGGCUGGGCCCAGAAAAAUGGAUAUACAUGCGCUGAGGAUUGCUUGCGGGAUCAAUCAUUGAAGACAAGCGGAGCAUCCUUGCUGUGCUGUACUUGGGGUCAUGACGGGGCCGCAGCACUUGAACCAAAGACCGGCAAAUUUGCUCAUGUCCCGGCACAUACUGAGGAAAUGGGAGUCGUCGACACCAUAGGAGCUGGAGAUACAUUUAAUGCUGGCUUGCUAUACGGUCUCGUAUAUCGGGAUCAUGAUUGGGAUUUUCGGAAGAAAUUGGAAUUUGCAAAUACCAUUGCCGGCUUGAAGGUCACACAAGAGGGCUUUGCAAACCUGCAAAGAGCGUUGAACUUUCCGUCAUACUGA